UCUAAGAAACCAAAAACACAUAAAUAGCAUGGUAUUUUACAAAGCAUCAUUUCAUUUUGGUAUUUUACAAAGUAUCAUUGCAUUUAUUUGUGUUACAUUCAAUAUUCAGAGUGAACUUUAUUCUGAUAAGUAGUAGGUAGCAGCAGAAAUGAAGCUAGUCCUUUUGGUUUUAAUGAUGUUAGUUUGCGUGUACAGCAUGGGUAUUGAUAGAUAUGCAACCUCACUAGUAAGAGCCAGAAGAAAUGUUGCAGAAACUAAAACUGAAUUAAAGAAACGCAACGAUGACGAUAAUAAGGAAGAAUGCAAUGAAGAUGACGAAAAUUGCGAUGAAUGCGGGGAAGAUGGUGAAGGUUGCAAUGAUUGCGGGGAAGAUGGCGAAGGUUGCGAAGAUGAAGAUAAAAAAAAAAAAGGGGUCACUAAAAGUGUUAUAAAGAAACGUAACGAUGACGACUAUGAGGAAGAAUGCAAUGAAGAUGACGAAAAUUGCGAUGAGUGCGGGGAAGAUGGUGAAGGUUGCGAUGAAUGUGGGGAAGAUGGUGAAGGUUGCGAUGAAUGUGGGGAAGAUGGUGAAGGUUGCGAUGAAUGUGGGGAAGAUGGUGAAGGUUGCGAUGAAUGUGGGGAAGAUGGUGAAGAUUGCGAGUAUGUAGAUUAAAAAAAAAAAGGAAAACAAAGUGAAGAAAGAAGAAAGUAAGAAGAAAAAUUCAAAGAAAACAGUGUCAAAGCAUGCCAAGAAAAAUUCUAAAAGAUCAUGGAUUCUAAAAAAGAACAGCAAGAAAAAUUCUAAAAGAUCAAUGACUCCAAAAAAGAAUAGCCAUAAAAAGCAACACACUUAACGGAGCGCAGUUCACAAAAAUCUUAAAAUUAAAAAAAGCAAAUUUUGAUAAAAAGCUCAACAUCUAAACUUUUUAUAAUUGUAACUUUUUAUAUAUCAGUGCGUUUAUUGAUAUCAUGUUUUUUUUUUAUAACAAUUGAGUUUUUUUAUUGUUGUACAACGUCAGAAUAAAUGAGUUUGCA